GCUAACUAAAAAUGAAGACAAGAUGAUAGUUUAUUAAAUUUAAAUGAAAUUUGCAGAUUGUUUUGGUGGAGUUUAAUAAACGCAGCCGUCUGCUCCUUGCUAUCUAAAAUAUAACAGGACACCGGAGUAUAUUCUGGAGCAUCUCACACUUCUGAUAAUCAGGUGUCUGCUUGACGUUUAUUCAGCUGUGUAAAAACUAUAACUUUCAGCCAAACCGAUUUACUCAUGAACAAAUAAAAUACUGAAAAAAGCCAAACAAUAACAUUUUUAAGUUAUCUAAGUGGCUUAUAUAUCAUGUUUAACCUGAGUAGCGAAAGAUUUGCCGGGAGUCCGGUGUUCUCACCGGCUCUAGUGAGCCUUGCCCCCGGCUAGCUAUGGAGCUAGUGGGUAACAGACGUCUCCGAAAACGUCGGAGCGCUUUUGCAAAUAUGUGGUGUCUUGAUAAACUGAGCAGAUAUUUGAAGUUUACACAGUUACAUUCUCGCCUGAAAAUAUGUUAAACGUUUAUUUUGUGACCCAGAAAGAAUAAUAACAGUAACAUUAAAACUAACUAGCUGCCGCCAUUGUUGGAAACUGAGCUGAGCUGCGCUAUGAAUUCUGGGACAGUUUCUUCUUCUUCGGGGUUUAACGGCAGCUGGCAUCCUUGUACAUGCAGUGCUGCCAUCUUCUGUUUCAGUCCGUUAUUACACUCUUAAAUCCUACUACUUAUUCCUGCAUCUUUUGGGAUCUUACAAAGCUUCAAACGACGCGUCGACUAUUAAAUUAGUCGUCGACGAUUUUGAUAGUCGACGUAAUUGUGACUAGUCGACUAAUCGUGGCAGCCCUAGACUCCAGUCACCCCAGCCACAAACUGUUCAGACUACUUCCAUCAGGAAGGAGGUUCUGCAGCAUCCGGUCCCGUACCAGCAGACUGAGAGACAGCUUUUUCCAUCAGGCCAUCAGACUGCUGAACACGUCAUAGACACCUCACCCUCAAUACUGGAACUUCAACAUUAUGCACUCCAUACUGUACAUAAUUCUCUACAGUAUUGAUUAGAGUCCAGGUUCACUUGUUCUACAGCUGAACUGCUGUAUGAAAAACAUUCUCACAACAUUUAGCCCUGUCAAAGCGCUUUCAAGGAAGUGGGUGUUAAAGUCUACAGUCAAUAUUUUUUAAUCACAUCACCUUCGGUUAACAUCAAGGUCCAAACAAUCAAGAACCUGAAUAUCAGAUUAGACUUAGAAACCAAGAUAAAAGUGUGGAGAAGGAAAGAAAUCAUCCAAAGCAUUAUCUAUCAAACAUGGUUCAGUUUUUUGGCAUUUUAUGGCUGCCAGUGGAAUCUGGCCAUUAGUGUUUAUUGAUGACGUGACUGUCGAUAGAAGUAGCAGGACGAAUUCUGAAGUGUAUAGGACUAUACUCUCUGCUCAGAUUCAGACAAAUACUGUGAAACUGAUUGGACAGUGUUCAUAGUGCACAUGAAUGAUGACCCAAAGCAUACUGCAAGAGUGACCCAAGAGUUUCUUGAGGCAAAGAAAUUGGAUAUUCUUCCAUUGCCAAGUCAGCGACCUAAUCUCAAACCAACAGAGUUGGCUCCAGCGUCCAGUUCAGUUGUGAUGACAGCUACGUACUACAGGGAUCCAAAAGUAUCACCUGUCAACGAGUCACUGACACACUGGCAGCCUGGAGUGACCACAGACCCAUCUGCAGAAGUAAUAAAGCUGUCAUUUGAAGAGUUUGAUCUCGAGAGAGGAUAUGACACACUGACUGUGGGAGAUGGGGGGAAGAUAGUCGGAGAGUGCUUUAUGUACUCACUGGCUCCAGCGUCCCUGACCUCAUUGUCAGCUUGUCCAAUCAAAUGGGGCUACACCUGCAGUCAGACGAUACAAUCGGCUCAGCAGGCUUCAAGGCAGUAUAUGAAGUUCGACUGGUUGGUGGUCAAAGAUGAAGGUCUGUCUGAGCCAACAACAUUUGGGACAUUCUCAGGAAAAGAUGUUCCAUCACAGAUCGCCUCAAACGGUCACAUCAUGAGACUGGAAUUUCAGUCUGAUCAUUCAAAUACUGGGAAAGGCUUCAAUAUCAGCUAUACCACAUUUGGUCAGAAUGAAUGUCAUGACCCGGGAGUUCCAGUAAAUGGUCAAAGGUACGGUGACCAGUUUCAGCUUGGCAGCUCAGUGGCGUUUCGCUGUGAUCAAGGAUUCAUUCGGACUCAGGGGUCCGAUCAGGUCACCUGCAUUAUUCAGGAUGGAAAUGUUGUCUGGUCUGCAGCUGUACCUCGCUGUGAAGCUCCCUGUGGAGGGCAUCUUACAGCACCUACAGGUGUUUUGCUAUCUCCUGGUUGGCCCUCCUUUUACAAAGACUCUCUGAACUGCCAGUGGGUGAUUGAAGCACAAGCAGACCAUGCUGUAAAGAUACACUUUGACAAGUUCCAGACAGAAGUCAACUAUGACACGCUGGAGAUCAGGGAUGGCCCCUCAGCAUCCUCUCUCCUGAUCGGCGAAUACCAUGGUACCCAAGCGCCUCAUUUCCUGAUUUCCACAUCAAACUUCCUGUUCCUGUUGUUCACUACAGACAACAGCCGUUCUGCCGCAGGCUUCAGCAUCAGAUAUGAAAGUGUGAAAAUGGAGUCAGAUUAGUGUCUCGAUCCUGGUAUCCCAGUGAAUGGUCGUCGCCAUGGCAGCAGCUUUUCCAUUGGCUCUCGUGUGUCAUUUACAUGUGACCCGG